UCACUAGUGUUUGAGCCAACAUGGUGGUUGCGGUACUAUUUGUCAUUUACGGAAAGACAAAAACUAAAUAAUUCUUGAGUGAGGCAUUAUAAAACCAAAACAAUGUCGUCGACCGAGCCAUCCCAGAAUAAAACCUGGGAGCUAUCCUUGUAUGAGCUUCACCGUACUCCGCAGGAGGUCAUCACGGACGCCACUGAGAUCGCGGUGUCCCCCCGCAGUCUACACAGUGAAUUAAUGUGUCCGAUAUGUUUAGACAUGCUCAAGAAGACUAUGACUACAAAGGAAUGCCUCCACAGAUUUUGCAACGACUGUAUUAUAACUGCCCUUCGUUCAGGCAACAAGGAAUGUCCUACUUGUCGAAAGAAGUUGGUGUCCAAACGCUCUCUGAGGCCUGACCCCAACUUUGACUUGUUGAUCUCAAAGAUAUAUCCGAGUAGAGAUGAGUACGAGGCUCAUCAGGAGCGUUUGUUGACUAAGCUGAGUAUGUCACACUCGCAGGCGUCGUUAGUGAAUUCAAUUACUGAAGGGAUAAAACUGCAGUCUCAGAAUAGGCCUCAAAGAUCUAGGAAGAAUCAUGAAGACAAUAGUAACACUUCUAAUUCAAAUGGUAACACAGAGAGUGCUCAGAAUGGCAGUGCAGGGAGUGGGCCCACUGCUCCUAAGGAUGGCACAUCUAGCACAGGCAAUCCCACUCCAUCUGGAGGCCAGUCAACAUCAAAUCCAGCAUCGGUGAGAAGCACGCCGUCCCCUGUGCCAUCUAAUAUCAGCUCGGUGUCAAAAAACACCAGCACCACUAAAAGAGCCAAGUCCAUUCUGACGUCAGAAAGAAGUGAAGAGAGUGAAUCUAGCGAUGGCAGGACUGAAGGUGAGAAUUCAAUGGACACAGAAGGCGAGGGUGAGCCGCUGAAUCCCAAUGAAAUUGAGCUGGUGUUCAAGCCUCACCCCACUGAGAUGACAGGAGACAACCAGCUCAUGAGGGCUCUGAGAGACAGCUCCGUCAGAUAUCUGAAGACCACUGCUAAUGCUUCUGUGGACCACCUGAGCAAGUACUUGGCAAUGCGGCUGACACUAGAUCUGGAUGCUGAACUACCGGAAGCAUACCGCCUGCUCAACUUCUGCAUCUAUGUAGCACCGGCGCCUGGACAGUUUGUGCCUCUAGCCGGCUCACAGACUCUGCGCCAGAUCAACGAUAAGUUUUGGAAGGUAAACAAGCCACUGGAGAUGUACUACUCAUGGAAGAAAACCUAAAUACAUAUAGCAACAUUUACUUAAAGACUCAUAUGAAAGUGCAGUGAUAAAGUAUUUAUAAGUUAUUUUAUUAAUCUUAGUGUAAACAACACGAUUUACCAACGAGACUUGGGCUCUUGUUAAUUGUGAUAAGAUAUCAACUGAAUAUAUCUCAAGAAUAUAAAAUUUAUUAUAAGUUAUGUACGGCUUAGUUUUAAGAUGUCAGUUUAUUUUAUGAAUUCAAUGAAUUGUAUCAUUAUUUUAACAAUGCAGAAUUUACUGAUUGUUUUAACUUUUUAGGGGUUUCUAUUAUAAUUUGUAAAUAUAUAAUAUAAUAAUCCUGGUACAAUUAAUGUAUCAAGUCCUUCUCCACUGUAAUUGUAUAUCUAUAUGAAUUCCAUAUUAUAGUUUUAAUAAAAUGCAACUGCCUGCAUGAAGGUGGUUAUUUUAACAGAAAUAGGAGCUUCUUCAAUUGUAUGAAAUUUUAUAAUGUAAUGUACAAUUAUUAUUGUAUUAAAUGACAGAUUCAAAUAUCA